GCCAAGGAAAAUCGAGCGGAGCGGAUUCAUCGUAGCAGUCCGCUAUGAUCUUCCGCAAACGGUGCGGAGAUGCUAAGUAGAGAACUUAGAGGCGGACACGAUUUUUAUCCAGCGUCGUAGAUGACCUUGGUAGAAGCGGAGUUAAUACCCAUCUGGCGGCCUGCAGUCGUGUAUAUAUAUGAGGAGAGAAACGAGGUAGAGAUCGAAACUACCCUUCGUACAGACCACAAGCACCGCGAAUCCAUACAAAUGUGGUUUGAGAAGGGCAUCGUCGGGUAUCGCGCUACGAUGAAGAUCCUCGACUUCGGACUGCAGGGCGAUGAGUAUUGGGUCCACGGCCUUAUGGAUGGGGACUACGCAGAUGACUUUGGUAUCACCGAACCAUUUCUGCUGUAUUACCACUUCCAUCUUGACGGACAUAAAAACGAGAUCAUCUUGCUGCGCGUCGAUCAGCUAGCACCGGACGAGCCGACGAUGCGGGCGGUAUGGGCAUCUUCGGGGAACAUGGACGAUCCGUUAUCCACAUUAAGGAAUGGUCUCUGGAAGAUACCCGUUCCAGGAGAAGGUCGGACCAGAGUCAAACUCGCAGCGGUGGGGAUAAACUAUCACGACAUCUUCACACUCCGGGGUAUAAGUAUGCAUAAGAUGGUAUUCCCCCUCAUCUUGGGAAAUGAAGGUGCCGGUACUCUGGAUGAUGGCACCGAAGUCAUCAUAUUCCCGCUCAUGGGCAACGCUGAGUUCAAGGGUGACCUUACCUUGGAUCCCGACCGCCACGUAUUAGGAGAAAUCACCCAGGGUUCACUGGCCGAUUACGUGGUAGUUCCCAAGGGUAAUGUUGUACCCAAGCCGAAAAAUAUGUCCUUUGAGACAGCUUCGGUACUUGGUGUGGCCUGGCUCACAGCGUACCGGAUGCUGUUCACUCUCUCAGGGCUCCAAGCAGGACAGAAGAUGCUCGUGCAAGGCUCGAGUGGUGGAGUUGCAACGGCACUUAUCCAGCUCGGAGCUGCUGCAGGUAUGGAAGUGUGGGUCACCGGACGCACCCAGGCGAAGCGAGAUCUGGCCACCAAGUUGGGCGCUCAGCGCACCUUCGCACCUGGCGAACAACUUCCAGUAAAAGUUCCGGCGGUUUUCGAUGUCAGUGGCGCAGAGACGUUCAAACACUCCAUGGAAAGCGUCGGGCUUGGGGGUACUGUAUUCUUUUGCGGGUUGCACAGUGGUAGUCCGUUUGCGGAGCUCGACCUGAUGAAGCUCAUCAUUGAAAACAUCAAAGUCGUUGGCUCCUAUCUCGGUAACAGAGACGACUUUGAGGGACUGGUUAGAUUUGUGGGCGAAAAGAAUAUUCAGCCAUAUAUCGGUACCACGCUUCCAAUCGAGAGAGCGGAGGAGGGGUUUCGGAUGCUGACGGAUGGAAAGGCGUUCGGUAAGGUGGUGAUAAAGAUGUAAUGUUAGCACGUUUUGCA